AAUAUAAAUUUAGAUAACUUUCAAGGGAAUGGAGAACAACCCUAUUUCAACAGGGAGCGGACGCUGAUACACCGCAAUCAUAGUACGACAUUUAGCAGUAAAAUAAACAAAAGAAAUACAAUUCAGAUCGAGAAAAUGGAACUGUAACUAAAAAUUUUCUCCAGGUACCUUCAUGGAGCAUUGAGAGCUUUCAAGAAACACGCGAUAAGGGUAGUAAAUAAAAACCCAAAAUUUUAUCGAAUAGAAUUCCUUUCUAUCGCGUUUUGUCGGUCGGUCCUCGUUGAUACACAGGGUUUUUCAUCUACGAAGAAGGGGGUUCAUUUUUUUUUAAUUGUUUCUCCAGUGAAUGGAAAACAUGGACGCCGUACAGCAAAAUCACAGGGCGAUGAGACCAAUGAUCGAUCCCCAUCAGCAACAGCAGCAACAACAGGCGGGGUGGUAUCCAGGGCAGGCGCAGUUUCAGUAUCCAGGAGCGCAGCAGCAGCAGUGGGCUCCACCCCCGCCAUUAGAUCACUAUGGUCAAGUAUUGAAUCAACAUUACCCUCUGCCGCCGCCUCCUCCACAACGGCCUAUGCCGCCCCAUCAGGUUACUCACAUGUAUGCUCAACCGGAUCAGGCUUGGGCAAAUCCAGGCUGGAGCCAUCAACCACCCUGGGAGUUCACAGCAGGUAACAGCACAGGAGUCAACAAUGAAGAUGAUUGGGCUGCUAAAGCAAGAGCAUGGGCAGCGGGUAAGGCAGCUAUGGAAUCUCAGCAGGCACAAUCUCAGUUUGCACCUAUAAAUAGGCCAGUUGAGCAUCAAGUUUACCAAGGUCAUUAUUCUCAGCCAUUUCACACUCAGUUUGCUGAAGUUCAGCAACCCUCUUUCCCAGCAUUGGGUCAUCAAUCUGUUCAACCACCUGCAGUAUCUACCCCAAAUAUCACUGCAAAUCAGGUUCAGGAUUCUUCAUCUCAUUAUCCUAAUGAUGUGUCAUCUUCGUACAUCUCGGAUGUGUUUACAUCUUAUGGAUCAAAAGAUGAUGUUACAAUUCAAGAGCAAAAUGCUUCGGGUAUAUCGUCUCAAGGAUCCAUUCCUAUCACCACUGCUAAUUAUUCACAAGAAAUGCCCAGGAGUUAUUCCUCGGUUCCAGGUUUUGAAGAACAAGCUAAGCAAAUGCCAACUUUAAAUUCACCAUUGUCAUCAUCUGUUGAUUUGCAACAAGAUGAGUAUAUGUUACAGGCACAAAUGCAUUCAAAUUCAACAUCACAGCCAAUUGAGCAGCCUCAUUUUACAUAUUCUGAUCAGCAAGAGGCCCCUGUUCCUGAAGUCAGUCAUCAACAACCAGAAUUUGAACGUGAUGCUCAAGAUUAUCACCAACAUCAGCAAUCCAGCUAUUUGCAGCCUGUACAAACAGUGGCAAGUGAUGGUCAAGAGUACAAUGGGCCAGCGUCCUCAGUGCCUGGCUGGACUCAGUUGGGACCAUUUCCACCUGUUCCUCCUGCAAUAUCGUUGAAUCAUCAGUUUGAACAUCCAUAUACGCCCAUACCUCAUCCAAUCCAUGGGCAUCCAGCACAUUUGUUUGGGAGGGUUCCCGGUCCACAACCUGGGCCUGGAUUCCGUCCAAAUAUGCCACCAAUUGGUGUGUCUUUUGGCAUGGGACCACUGAGCCCUAGUCUACCACCUGGACAACUAGGAAUGGUCGGGCCUGCUUUUAUGGGAGACAAUAAUGGGGCCUUUGGUGUUCCUGAGCGCCCCAAGAAGGCUUCUGUGCCUAAUUGGCUAAGAGAAGAAUUGAAAAAGAAGGCUGCUGUUGUAGCAAAUACCUCAGCACUGGGCCAUGCAUCAGAGGAUUCUUUUCGUGCAAGUGAAUCUGAGGAUCUAAAUCAUUCAUUUCAGAAAUCUGAUUAUACAGAUAUCAAAAGUGUUGAUUCACACCGUUCUAGCGAUGAUGAAGAUGAAGAGGAUGAGGUGGAAGCAACCAGGACUGCUGCAAUCAAUCAGGAAAUUAAACGUGUAUUGACUGAAGUAUUGAAGAAGGUGACUGAUGAUCUUUUUGAUGAAAUCGCCCAAGAAGUUCUUGAUGAGGAUGAUAAUAUUAUUCAAGUUAAAAAGCAACCUGUAAAUGAUCGAGGGAGAAUGAAAAUUUCAAGGGCAUCUCCUCCACCUUCACAAGUUAAGUCUACAACAGUAUCCACAAAGGUUGUUGUUUCAGCCAACAAUGCUACUGCAGGCAGUGGGGAGGAGGAUGAUAAUUCAAGCUCAAGUGCACCUGGUGGAAAUGUUCUUGGGCUUGCAAAUUAUGCAUCUGAUGAUGAGGAUGAUGGGCCUGAUCAAACUCAGCAGGUUUCAUCUCAUGUUUCAGAGCAGCAAGAUGCCAAUCUGCUGGGAGAAAAUGAACACAUGGAGGAUCAUGUGGGCCAGUCAAGACCACACGAAUCAAAUAUUAUCGAGUAUUCGAGAGGGGAAAAGUCAAAAGAUGAUCAGAAAAGUGAUACAGACGAUGAGAAAGAUAAUCCUAGGAUUAAAGAACAUGAUGAAGAUACAGCAGUCCACAAGGAUACUGGAAGAGCUGGUGAGGAACAUGGAAAUCUGAAGGCUAUGUUAAACCAAAAUACUCAAAAAUUUCUGGACAAGGGUUCCGAAAGAAACCAAGUAAAUUUAAAACAUAACCAUAAUGAUGUUGAAGUCGACAAAAGGAGGUCAAAUGAUUUCAAGGAUAAAGAAAGCAGAAGUAAGGGAAUUGACAAGACUGAUACUAGAAAGAGUGUAGCUGAAGUAAUUGAGGAAAGAGAAAUGAAAAACAGAAAAGGAGAUGGCAAGCAACAUGAUUUGGUUCAGCAAAGGAAGGAUGGGGAUAAAGGGAGGGAAAGAGAGAGAGAAAAGGAGAAAGAGAAACGAGGGGACAGAGAGAGGGGAAAAGAUGGACAAAAGGGAAGAGAAAGAGAGAAAGAAAAGGAAAGAGAGAAGAUAAAGGACAGAGAGAAAAAUAGAGCUGUGGACAAGAAAAGUGAUAAAGAAAAGAUCCGAGAGAGAGAAGGGAGAAAGGAUACAGAACGGACACAUGACAAGGAAAGGAAGAAGGAUCAUGUUAGAGAGAAAAGGGCAACUGACAAUAGUAAGAGAAGUGAUAAAGAGAGGGGUGAGAGGAAUGGCACAGGAAAAGAAAGAGAUGUGAAGGAUACUGGAAAGAGAAGGAAACGCUCGUCAUCAGUAAGCAGCAGAGGUCGAAACAGCAAGGUUGACUCGCUUGAUAGCAAUAAUAGUAGUUCAGAGCCUGAAGGAACAGAGAGAACAAGACGGAGGAGGUUGCAGUCAAGCAGGCGAAGUUCAUCACCAUCACCUAUCAGAUCUCGAAAGAGGUCGGUUCUUCUGGGGUAAGAAGUUUCUUCACAACUAGAUUUGUUUAACUUACCCAAUGAGUAUGAUGAUUGUUAUUUCUAGACAAGUUUCGCGGUCUCGUUCUCGUUCACCACAUGCCAGGCAUUCUCAUCGCAGGCAUUCCCCUUUUCCUUCUCAUGAUGCCAGGUAAGAGGCCGACUAUUUUCCUUAAUAUAGCUUAUGAAAAUUUGUAAGAUCGACGACACAUUAACAAUAGGAUGGAUGAUCCAUGCAGUAUGUUGUGAAAGGUGAGUUUUUGUUCAAGUUUUAUGAUUUAUGAUGUUAACUUUUGUUAAUUAUAGGCGCAAGCAGUCAAGAUCAGGAUCACGAUCACCUGCUCGCAGGAGGAGAUGAGCUGAAUGCUGAAUUUUAGCUGAGGAUUACAUAAGCUUGAGCUGGUUCUCCAAGAAAUUACAUGGGAAGAAAUGUUCAAUUGUGGUGACAUUUCUUUAUCAAAGAAAAAUAUAUUGGUUGUGAUUUUUUAGAGGCAGUAAAGAAAGCAACCAUCUUAAAGGAUGAAUCGUAGGAGCUUUUGUUUGAGCUCUCUGUGAUGGCAUCCUUGAUCCUUGCCGAAAUGUUACAACUUACAAUCACUGCUGAGCGGUGGAUAGGAAAAUCAACAUGAUAGUAAGGGAAUUGCUGUUUCUGCAUCAACUUUGAGAAUAGUGAUAGCACUUGCUCACCUCUUUGACAUGUUGCUAACCUUGAGUCUGCAAGUAGUAAUGUAUUAUGACACGUAUUCAAAUUGUAUGAAGGGAUUGUUUCUCUUUGCACUCCAGUAUUAGGGCUGUUGCACAAUGAAGCAAAUACCGUUUCAAUGGGUCUAUUGAACAUUAUUGAAUGCAUAUUCUACUUUUGUGAGGAUUACUACUUGAGAUGAUGCAGUUGGAGAUUUUGCAAGGUAUUUUAUUUCAGUAAGGUAUUACCCCAUCAAUGCAGUUGGGUAAACUCUUGUGAAGUUCCAGAGUCAAUCUGUUAGGUAGUCUUUGGAAAUUUUUUAUGUAGAGUGUUUUGGACA